UAGGACCUCUAUGCAAUGACCAAGACCACGAAAAUAGUCGUCUUUGACGUCCCUCCUCUCGGGUGCCUGCCAGCUGUCCGUUAUUUCAAGAAGACCCCCCCGGGGCAGUGCGACGAGGCGGCGAACAAGAUAGCCGACCAGCACAACACGGGGAUCAGAGUGAAGCUGGAUGCGCUGAGAGGGAAAGGGGUGACAAACCUGAUCAUGUUCAAACAGAGCACUGUCUUCAGGGUGAAAGCCACUGCUGCAGGUGGUUUCAUCGACAAAACUUCGGUGUGCUGCGAGGGUAAAACACCCAGUGGAGCGAGGAUAGCCUGCGGGCAGACAGUGAAAGAGGGCGGCAAGACCUACAGUGCCACGGCGUGCAAGGACCCGACGAAGUAUGUGUGGUGGGAUUGGUACAACCCCACAGAGGCUUUUAAUGAGGUGUUAUCAGGGAUUCUGUGGCACAGUAACAGUGUUUCAUAUGUUACCCCGUUUGGGUUGAAGUCUAUCGUCGAUAAGUAGAUAGAUUUAGGUGGGAGUGGCAUAUGUCCACACACUUGACAGCAUGUGGUAAUAAUGCUUUAAUGAUAAAACACAU